UUUUUAUCUUCGCUGUAGACUUAGUGCUUCCUCUAUAGAGCCGUACUACUUUCACCUGGCCGCGCAAUAGCUGUGAACUCGUAACCGAGCGGCACACGUACAAUACGCUACGACAGGAGUGAUCGUCUAUCUUACAAUAUGUGGUACUCGGAGACUCUCUCUUACCUUCACACGACUAACCUGGUGGUAAUCGCCGCCUAUGCUGCACUGGUCGCGGUUAUAUUCUUGGCCAUUAUUAAACUGUACACUUGGUUGACAACAGGUGUAUACCGCGGUACCACCAUCAUGAAAGGCAAAGUCGUCAUCGUCACAGGAUGCAACUCGGGUAUUGGCAAAGAAACGGCCAAAGAUCUGGCCAAGCGUGGCGCCAGAGUGAUUAUGGCUUGCAGAAACAUGGAGACCGGAUCGAAAGCCAGAGACGAAAUCAUCAACUACAGCGGAAAUUCUGACGUGGUGCUCAUGGAAUUGGAUUUGAGCAGUUUGAAUUCAGUACGUCGAUUUGCAGCCAAAGUAAACAAACAAGAAUCUCGAUUGGACGUACUAGUCAACAAUGCCGGCGUGGCCAAUACUUUUGGUAAAAAAAUUACCGAAGAUGGUUUAGAACUUACCAUGGCCACCAAUCAGUAUGGCCCAUUUUUGCUGACACAUUUACUUUUACCAUUGUUGAAGAAGACCACCUCCAGCAGAAUUGUAAUAGUCGCAUCCGACUUGUACAAGCUCGCGAAAUUGAACUUGGCCAAACCGAAUCCGACCAACCAAUUUCCCGCCUACUUGUACUAUGUCUCAAAAUACGCCAACAUCAUGUUCUCAAUGGAAUUAGCACGCAAACUCAAGGACAGCAAUUCUGGUGUCACGUGCAAUUGUCUUCAUCCCGGUAUCAUCGACUCCGGAAUAUGGAGAAACGUGCCAUUCCCGUUGAACUUGGGUUUGCAACUGAUCGUCAAGACCAUGUUUAAGACUACCGAACAAGGUGCACAGACUUCGAUUUACUUGACCGUCAGUGAAGACGUUGCUAAGACCAGUGGGAAAUACUUCAAAGACUGCAAAGAAGCCAGUUUGAGAAGUGAUGUCUUAGACGAAGGAAACGCCAAGAAAUAUUGGGAGAUUUGCGAAAAACUCGUGAAACUUCAACCCAACGACCCAAGACCGUAACACACGUACGACUACGUAUAUGAUAUGUGUUCCACAUUUUUUUAUUCAUACCUAUGUAUCAACAUGACGAUGUUGACCGUAACACACGUACGACUACGUAUAUGAUAUGUGUUCCACAUUUUUUAUUCAUACCUAUGUAUCAACAUGACGAUUGAUUAAUAUUUAUUAUUGAUAAUUGUGUAGGUACCUACCUAUGACGUUGGUUCAAUUAUUAUGUACUAUUUAUUAUAUGUUAUUAUAUUUUGAUAUAUUAUUAUUAUAAUAAGUUUAUUAAAUUGUCUUAGGCGUACUUACCUAUUAUGGUUUUAGAACAAACUUCCUAUACUUCGAAUAUUAAUCAAAACCGUUAUUCUUUCAUAAAGUAAUCAGAUAGGUAGGUACAUAUAGAGUAUAUUUUUUUUUACAAGCUACUAAUUUUUCAAAAUAAAUCAUUUUGUUUACGGUGAUGUAAUAUCUUUUUAAAGGCAUUAAUAAAUCAUGGUAUAUAUUUUUUUAAACA